GUACACCAUGUAUACCAAGAGGCCGAUCCAACGCAGCGGUACUUGACUAGAGCUCUUCAGAGCCCCACAUAGAUAAGGUGCCGCUAUUUAGGGCUAUGAAUAGAUUGUAUUACAUACAAACGGUGGUAGGUACAGCACCGUUAUCUAGCACUAGAGCGUAGAGGUAAUUCCACAUUCCACUAUUCCGCUGUUACUCUGCCGUGCAACCAGAGUCAUGAUUUCUCUUCAUCUUCCCCUCCAAAGCCUUCUGAAAGGCCCCGAGUUUAUAGUGGUUCGAAGCAGGCCCAGCUAAACUGCGAAACAAAAAAUGCAUCUCAUCCCUAAAGAGCUUGAUAAGCUCGUCAUCUCGCAAUUGGGCUUUUUGGCCCAGAAGAGACUUGCUAGGGGUGUUAAGCUGAACCACACUGAAGCCACCGCUCUUAUCGCGAAUAACCUCCAGGAACUCAUCCGCGAUGGCCAACACAACGUCUCCGACCUCAUGGCCAUCGGCUCCACCAUGCUCGGCCGGAGGCACGUGCUUCCCUCCGUCGUCAGCACCCUGCACGAGAUCCAGGUCGAGGGCACUUUCCCCUGCGGCACGUACCUCGUCACUGUGCACAACCCCAUCGCCACUGAUGACGGCGACUUGAGAAAGGCUCUUUACGGCAGCUUUCUGCCCGUACCUAGCCCGGACCUAUUCCCGCCGUCUGAAGCUAGCGCCUACGACGUGGUCAACCAGCCCGGCGCCGUGGUCGUCGUCAAGGGAAGGAUCACGUUAAACGAGGGACGUAGACGCAUCAAGCUUCGCGUGACGAGCAAGGGUGACAGGCCGGUGCAGGUAGGUAGCCACUACCACUUCGUCGAAACAAACCCACGGCUCGAGUUCGACCGUGCAGCCGCAUACGGCUUCCGCCUCGACAUCCCCGCCGGCACGUCCGUGCGUUUCGAGCCUGGCGACACCAAAACCGUGGCCCUAGUCGAGAUCGGCGGGAACCGCGUCAUUAAAGGAGGCAACGCCAUGGCUUCCGGGACCGUAGAUUUUUCACGCGUCGAGGCUAUCGUGGAGAAAUUGCAACAGGCUGGGUUCGCACAUGUGCCGCAGCCGGAGACGGCGGAUUUGGGUGUCGUAGGUGGCUUUUCGAUGGAUCGGGCGGCGUAUAAGACGAUGUUUGGCCCGACGACGGGGGAUUUGGUUAGGCUUGGGGCGACGGAUCUCUGGGUUAAGGUCGAGAAGGAUAUGACGACGUACGGCGACGAGUGUAAAUUCGGUGGUGGGAAGACGCUGCGAGAGGGGAUGGGGCAGAUGACUGGGUGUGCGGAUGAGGAUUGCUUGGAUAUGGUGGUCACGAAUGCGUUGAUCGUGGAUUACACCGGUAUCUACAAGGCGGAUAUCGGCGUCAAAGGCGGGAUGAUCACCGCGAUUGGUAAGGCGGGUAACCCGGACGUUAUGGAUGGCGUUACUGAGGGCAUGAUCGUGGGUAGCUGCACGGACGUCGUUGCUGGCGAGGGUAAGAUCAUAACGGCGGGUGCCCUAGAUACACAUAUUCAUUUCAUAUGUCCCCAGCAAGCGAACGAGUCUGUUGCUUCGGGUGUUACCACGAUGCUUGGUGGCGGUACUGGACCUAGUGCUGGUACCAAUGCGACUACUUGUACGCCAGGUGCUCAUUAUAUCCGCCAGAUGCUACAAGCAUGUGACGAGCUGCCCCUGAACGUCGGCAUCACAGGAAAAGGCAAUGACAGCGACCCACGCGCGUUACGAGAACAGGUUCUCGCAGGCGCAUGUGGCCUCAAACUGCACGAGGAUUGGGGAACAACGCCUGCCGCCAUCGACUCCUGCCUUAGCGUGUGCGAUGAACUUGAUGUACAGUGUCUGAUCCAUACAGAUACACUCAACGAGAGCGGAUACGUGGAGUCGACGAUCGCGGCCUUCAAAGGCCGUACCAUCCACACAUACCACACAGAGGGCGCCGGCGGCGGCCACGCCCCCGAUAUCAUCCGUGUUGUCGAGCAUGGGAACGUUCUGCCGUCAUCAACGAACCCAACCAGACCCUAUACACUCAACACCCUCGACGAGCAUCUAGACAUGCUCAUGGUGUGCCAUCACCUAUCCCGGAACAUCCCUGAGGACGUCGCUUUUGCAGAAUCGCGUAUCCGCGCCGAGACCAUAGCCGCCGAGGACGUGCUGCAUGACUUAGGCGCCAUAUCGAUGAUGAGCUCAGACUCGCAGGCCAUGGGACGAUGCGGCGAAGUAAUUCUGCGGACUUGGAACACCGCGCACAAGAAUAAGGUGCAGCGGGGUUUCUUGCCCGAGGACGAGGGUACCGGGGCCGAUAACUACCGGGUGAAGAGAUACGUGAGCAAGUACACGGUCAACCCGGCGGUAGCCCAGGGGAUGGGGCAUUUAGUCGGCAGUAUCGAAGUCGGCAAGUUAGCGGACCUGGUAGUCUGGGAUCCGGCGUGGUUCGGCGCGAAGCCGUCGUUGGUUAUCAAGAGCGGGUUGAUUGCCUAUGCGCAGAUGGGCGACCCCAACGCCUCGAUCCCAACAGUCCAGCCCAUAAUCGCGCGGCCCAUGUUCGCGCCUCUCGUCCCGCGUUCCAGCGUGCUCUUCGUCUCCGAAGCCAGCCUCCCACAAACCACCUCCGCGGCCUACGGGCUGCGUAAACGCGUCGAAGCAGUGAAGAACUGCCGCAAUAUAGGCAAGAAAGACAUGCGGUUCAACGACACGAUGCCCAGCAUGCGCGUCGAUCCCGAGAGGUACGUCGUCGAGGCCGAUGGCGUAGUCUGCUCGGCUGCGCCGGCGGAGACGCUGCCGAUUACGCAGGCGUGGUUUGUUUAUUAGUCUACAUACUUAAGCCACAUACCAUGUAUGUACCUAGUAUGUAAGGGCUAAGAUUCUAGUCAGAGAGUGGGAGAGUGGGAUGCUAGUGGGA